UAUAGUAAUUUUCUCUUUUAACCGCGAAGUGCCACUUUUAUAUCCGUUACUAACUUCCAAAAGCACAGUGUUGCACCCUUUUCUCUUGAAGGCACUUAUUUGUGUCUUCCUCCUUGAAAUCAGGCCUUUAGUCACUGCUGAAAUCAUUCCUAAAUGUUUUAGAAUGUGUGCGAUAGAUCUCUGCCACAUAGUAACAAUGAUAGAACACUAAGGUGUCAAGGAAGAUUCUUGCAGUGUUCAUACAGGCCUAAUGUGUCAAUGUGCAGCCCUGUUUUCCUUUAUGGCCUGUAUUAUGCCUUUGAAAAAAGACAGUGUCCUUCAACUUUACAACAGCCCUAGACUAUGAAAAGCUACAUAAAGUUCCCUUAUGGCAUUAGUUAUUCAAGAAACGUUUACCUUUUAUAUAGAGUCAGUACUAGACAAGCUAUCCAGUCUGCAAUGGAUUCUACAUCUUAUUGUGAAACUGGUAUCACAAUUCUGACAGAUACCCAGGAUUAGAGAAUCUUAUAGAAUUUACUGUAUUAACAUUGUUGACUUUCUGUUUACAACAAUGUUUUGUUUUCUUUCCUUAGCUACUUGACUGGUUAAAAAGAUAAUGUAUCAGAUCAAAAUGGUCAGUGAUGAUAAUAUGCUAAAUAGAUAUUGCUUGUGUUUAUUGAUAUAUGGCCUUUAACUUAUAUUGAAAUUGUUAUGUUCACUGAUUUAUUUUUGCACUGUUUAGGGUAAAUGUAAAGAAAACUUACUAAAUACAUAUCCAUAUAUGUUGUGGUUUUCUGAGCAGGUUGUUUUUUGGUGUUCUUUCUUGGUCUUCUUGAGAAUUUAUCAUAUGAUUAUAAGAGUAAGAAAAAUGGAUGCCAUGCUAUAAUUGGUCAUGGGUUGCUCAUUUAUUGUUUAUUCAUAAUCAUCAGUGACUGACUGUACAUUAACAUUAUUUAUGGUUGCUGUCAUAUCCUAGAUAUGUACAUUCUGAAAAUUGCUUAACAUUGUAUUGUCACUUUUGAAGUUACACACAGUUGCCUUACUGAAAUGCCUUAGGAAAAUGCAUGAUUGAGCUUCAUCUGUUUUUAUUUUAGGACAUCAGUUUUGCAGUUUUGCAGAUAUUUUUAACAUUGAUGCUGAUUGAUUUUUUAGCCUGUGCUAAAUAAUCUGUACAUGUUUCCUGCUAUUAAGCAAAGAAAAAUACACCUAGAAUAAAUAAAAUAUCCCUUUCAGGAAACUACAAGGAUCUCAAGGUUUCAUUCCAUCUUAUUUUUGUCUUCAGUGAAAUUCCUCACAACUCACUUACAAUUGAACAUGAGUCUUCUUAUGAUCAGUGAGAAUGUAAAAUUGGCUCGUGAAUAUGCAUUGCUGGGAAACUAUGACUCCGCAAUGGUCUAUUAUCAGGGAGUUCUUGACCAAAUGAACAAAUAUCUGUACUCAGUCAAAGAUACGUACCUCCAGCAGAAGUGGCAACAGGUGUGGCAGGAAAUAAAUGUGGAAGCUAAACAUGUUAAGGAUAUCAUGAAAACAUUAGAGAGCUUUAAAUUAGACAGCACUCCAUUGAAAGCUGCACAGCAUGAGCUUCCAGCUUCUGAGGGAGAAGUGUGGUCCUUGCCUGUACCUGUUGAACGAAGACCCUCACCAGGUCCUAGAAAACGCCAAUCUUCUCAAAACAGUGACCCUAAACCACACAGUAACCGUCCAAGUACAACUGUCAGAGUUCACCGUCCAUCUGCACACAAUCUUCACAAUGACAGGGGAAAAGCUGUUCGUUGUCGGGAAAAGAAAGAACAGAAUAAAGGAAGAGAGGAAAAGAACAAAUCACCUGGCGCAGUUCCAGAACCAGAGACCAAUAAAUUUGAUAGCACUGGGUAUGAUAAAGACUUAGUAGAAGCUUUGGAAAGAGAUAUAAUUUCUCAGAAUCCCAACGUUCGAUGGGAUGAUAUUGCUGAUUUGGUAGAAGCUAAAAAGUUGCUUAAGGAAGCUGUGGUGUUACCAAUGUGGAUGCCAGAAUUCUUUAAGGGCAUCAGGAGACCAUGGAAAGGAGUGUUGAUGGUUGGCCCACCUGGCACGGGAAAGACCCUCCUUGCUAAAGCAGUAGCUACAGAAUGCAAGACAACAUUCUUCAAUGUCUCUUCGUCAACGCUCACUUCUAAAUACAGAGGAGAGUCUGAGAAGCUUGUUCGUCUUCUGUUCGAAAUGGCUCGAUUUUAUUCUCCAGCCACCAUAUUUAUUGAUGAGAUUGAUUCCAUUUGUAGUCGCAGAGGGACUUCUGAAGAGCACGAGGCAAGCAGGAGGGUGAAAGCCGAGCUGCUGGUUCAAAUGGAUGGUGUUGGAGGUGCUUCUGAAAAUGAUGACCCUUCCAAAAUGGUUAUGGUUCUGGCAGCAACUAAUUUUCCCUGGGAUAUUGAUGAGGCUUUAAGACGACGUCUUGAAAAAAGAAUCUAUAUUCCGUUACCAUCAGCAAAAGGCAGGGAGGAGCUAUUACGAAUAAGUCUACGUGAGCUGGAACUGGCUGAUGAUGUUGACCUUGCACGUAUAGCAGAAAACAUGGAAGGUUACUCAGGUGCGGACAUUACCAACGUAUGCAGGGAUGCAUCCUUGAUGGCAAUGAGAAGGCGUAUUGAAGGUUUGACCCCAGAAGAAAUCCGAAAUCUUUCAAGAGAAGAAAUGCACAUGCCCACAACUAUGGAGGACUUUGAAAUAGCUUUAAAAAAGGUUUCUAAGUCAGUAUCUGCUGCAGACAUUGAAAGAUAUGAGAAAUGGAUAUUAGAAUUUGGAUCAUGCUAAUUCUCACAUGUAAACUGGGAGAAACCUGCCUUAAGUGUUUGAAUAAUUAAAUGUAGUAUUUCAUUGCACCGAGUGCUAUAUUUUUUUAAACUUUCAUAAUGGUAAAAUUUUUUUUUAAAAAACAUGAUUCUGAAUAAAGGCAAUUUUUUAAAGCUG